AUGAACGGUCUUAUUUUGGUCCAAAGCAUGUAAAAAGUUAAGGUUUUCAGUUAUACGGACUAUGAAAUCAACGCGACUAACGAACGGUUUGAAUAUGAGACCGGCAUUCUUUAACGACAGUCCAAUAGUACUGAAACUCAUACAAGACAAUUUUUCAAGGGAUCCGCAUUACAAGGUAAUUUAUCUAUAUACAUUAUCAGUUUGAUCAGAAUUUCUUAUCUUUUAAACAAAGGAAAAAUGUCUAUCAUUGUCUAAAUUCGAAUUUCUAGAGCGUUGGCUGUACAAUCUCCGAACUGGGGCCGAUCGCUAAUCGCAAAUUGCAAAAGGCCCUUCAACAGCCAUAUUCACUAAUCAUCGAAGAUUCAGUGAAUUUUUUUUUUCUCAUUCUGAGGCUGGUCAGCUGAAAACUUUACUAGGAUGGCCAUCCUUCGGGAUUCGUCCUUGCCAGUAAAACUCACAGGUAUCGUGAACGGAGGCGAGAAGCCUCAGAAGUGGACAAGGAUAACGGUGUGAACUAUGUCUACUUGGGUUUAGUUUUACUGUGUUUAAUGGAAUUUCAAGGAUUUUCAGAUAGAUUAUUCAAGUUUUGUCGGUUGCAUUUUUGGGUGAAUGUGCAUGAUCGUUACGAGAAGGUGCUUGUUGAAUAGUUUCCGAUGCCCAAUUAUUUUAGGUGGCCGUUCUGAAAAGCAUAGUUUUACUAGGGAAACAAGAUCUAGCCGUUUACACGAGCAUAAUCGCUGCCACGAUAAAGCGAAUUCGAGUAAGAGACCGUCUGAAGUUUUUAAAUUAUAAAAAUAACUUCGAGGAAAGCGACGAAACAAUCGAAGGAGUGAUGUGCGUUGCGACUGACGAAAUGACACUGAAAACUUUGAAAGAAGCUGGCUUCCAAGUACUUUUCAGUUGUCCUCCGGAAAUGUACGUCAAGGUGAUUCCAAUUACAGGGAGGCCAACUUUUUCAAUGAUCAUUUCGCAGGACUGUGGUGAGAUUUGGCAGCCUCAGAGCAAUCUUCGCUCCGCCCACGUCGCUUGGAUUCCUUUUGAAGAUGUCGUUGCCAGAAAGAAGAGAGGCACAAAAUAA